AUGGCAUAUUCCAACGCCCUCGCAGUGGGGUUAGCCGUGGGCAUACCAUCGGCAUUAAUCAUCAUCGCAGUCUUUAUUUUUUGGUACAGAAACCAGCGUAGACAAGAAAAAGAAGAUAACGAAGCGGGCACAAUCGAUAAGGACUUACAAGAUGAUCGAAGUUUUGAGUUGUUCCAAGAAGAGCUCCACAAGAAGCAAAGUUAUGGCAAAAAUGGCCUGGAUAUUCUAUUGAAGGAGCACACUGUAUCGGAAACUUCGAAUGGAAGCUCCGAGAGUAACGUAAACUUGGAUCAACAGGAUACGACUGCGCUGGCGCUGACACACCCGUAUGGUAAGCACGUAUGGGUCCAGAACAACCAGCCAGAGCAGCAACAGCAGCCUGCACCACAGAAUGCAAAGCACGCUUCUUCGUAUGAUUUCUACAACACAUUCAUCCCCACAUUUGAAAACAGUACAUCUCUGAACCCAACCCUGAACCUGAAUCAAGGCCAAAACCCACCACCACUCACAUCCAAACCAUCUUCUGAAUUGAGCAGAAGCAUCCACAACAUUUUCGGCAGUAAGCAAAACAAUUCAACGUCCAAAGAUGCCGCGGGGCCCAUGUCUCACUCGGACAGCGCGUCGUCCAUCUUGAGCCACCCCAACCAUCUCCGGUCGCCUUCAAACGACUUGGACACCUUGGCCAAACAAUUGAACAACCCGGUCUUUUUUGAAAAGUUGCCAAGCAAAGCUGCUGCGGAAGCAAGCGCAAUCACCAUCAGACCUCGCUAUAUUGCAUCGCCAAAUAGUAGAAGCGUCAAUAACCUGAGUACGGAUUUGUUGAACAACCAUCUCGUGGGCGAAAACUCCGCUAUGAAUGAUCACUAUACUUAUGAAGCACCCAUCGUUGAAGUUGGGAAAACCGAGGAGAUUAUAAGAAAAAUAGAUAAUGGCGACAAGACAAGUAAAGCCAGACCGGUUGUCGUCAAGCAGGAAAGUGUACCGGAAACACCAUUGGAGAAGAAGAACCCACUCAACGGACAAAUUGAGAAUGCCUUUGAUGCAAAUAUCGCCAUCGAACCUACGCCGUUUAAUGAGAAGAAUGAUGUUACUAAUAAGGACGACAAGGUGAUUCCACCUGUCGUAUUCCAGUGA